UUCAAGAAAAGCAUGUCCCUGCAAGUCAAGCUAAGGGUAAAAAUGAGCGCCAGUGGUGCCGGAAGAGGAUUUACAUGUUGAGCUCCUCCCUAAACGGAGCUACAGCCUCAGCUGUGGAGGUCGGUUUUCCGCUGCGCCGCGGUGACUCCGUAACACAGGACCUCAUGCUAAACGACAGAAAGUGCAAAGCCACACUGGAACCCAUUGAGAUGCGCCUACGUGUGUAACAGCUGAAAUAUGGCACUAGAACCUCCACCCUGAAGAGCAAACAGUAUCUGCUCAUACAUCAAGAGUCCCAUCGGAGAGGAACUGGUUCGCCCUCUUUGACCCACCCAGUCCAGCGUUCUAGUUCCUGCGGAUACAUCUGUGACACCUACCUCCUCCGCGGGGAAAACUGUGUGAUCCACAACCAUACUAGCUCCCAUCCACCACGCUUUUCUGCUCUUUAGGUUUUUGCCAAACAAAGUUGUGUAGAUAUGACCUCAGAGUGGGGCGAGAAGUCCACAGUGGACCUCAUGAGCAGGUACGUCUCUAAAGAAAUGGGACACGGGGUGCCCAAAGAGGGGUGGAGGAUCUGUCUGGCACAUGAAUUCAAAGAGAAGAGGAAGCCUUUUCAGGCAAAAGAUGUCUCGCUGUCCAAUGUCAUGGAUCACGUCGGCCUCGGAAUCAGAUAUCUUAAAUGGUGGUACAAGAAGACUCAGGUGGAGAAGAAGGCUCCUUUCAUCGAUAUGUUUCGAGCUCUGCCUUUACGGCAAAUAUAUGGUGCUCCUCUUGGCGGUAUCGGAGGCGGUAGCAUCACCAGAGGCUGGAGGGGGGAGUUCUGCAGGUGGCAGCUAAACCCUGGGAUGUACCACUACAAAACUGUCAUAGCCAACCAGUUCACUGUGUGCUUGCGUCGUGGAGGACAAACCGUUUACCAGCAGGUGCUGUCUGUGGAGCGUCCGCCCACGCUGCAAGGCUGGAACUGGGGCUACUGCGGAGAGUACGCCUUCUAUCACGCCUUGUAUCCCCGCGCCUGGACUGUGUACCAGCUGCCGGGCCAGAAUGUCACCCUCACCUGCCGGCAGAUUUCACCCGUCAUCCCUCAUGAUUACCAGGACUCAAGUCUCCCAGUGGCAGUAUUUGUGUGGGACAUAGAGAACAAGAAUGACUACGAUCUAGAUGUCUCCAUUAUGUUCACAAUGGUCAACGGGUCAGGACACAAGGACGACAAGAGUGGCGGCCACUGGAAUGAGCCAUUCCAUCUGGAGAAGAAUGGGGAGGCGGUGUCUGGAAUCCUCCUGCACCACUGCACUACAGUGAACCCUUACACCCUCUGCAUCGCAGCACGGGAGCAGCCUGACAGGGAGGUGAGCCACCAGACGGCUUUCAGUCCAAAAGGAACCUGCAGCGGUUUGUGGAGCGACCUGAUCACUGACGGACGGCUGGACUCUCCCACAGGAUCCAGUUCACCAACACAGAAGGGGGAGAAGGUAGGAGGUGCGUUAGCUGUCGGCUGCUCGGUGCCGGCCCAUAAACUUAACAGCCUGGAGUUCUGCCUGGCCUGGGACAUGCCCAAAAUCACCUUUGGGUCUAGGGAGAGGGAACACGUCAGGAGAUAUGCUCGUUACUUUGGGGCUAAAGGGGAUGCAUCUCCUUCUCUCAGUCAUCACACACUGACACACUACAAACAGUGGGAGAAAGCCAUUGAGGACUGGCAGAAACCCAUAUUACAGGACAGUUCCCUUCCAUCUUGGUACAAGUCAGCUCUGUUUAACGAGCUGUACUUUGUGGCGGACGGAGGAACCGUGUGGGUAGAGCUAUCAGAGGAUGCUGAUGUCAGUGGCGGCGUGCGGACUGAGGAUGGGGGUCUGCCAUCUCAGCCUGCUCUCAUCAAGGAGUACGGUCGUUUUGCUUACCUAGAAGGUCAAGAAUACAGAAUGUACAACACUUAUGACGUGCAUUUCUAUGCCUCCUUUGCUCUUAUCAUGCUGUGGCCCAAACUAGCCUUGAGUGUGCAAUAUGAUAUUGCUGGCACUGUGGUUCAGCAGGAUCCUACAGAGAGGCUCCAUCUGAUGAAUGGCUGUUACUCCCCUGUCAAGACCAAAAACGUGGUGCCUCAUGACAUAGGAGACCCAGAUGAUGAGCCUUGGCAGAGAUUAAACGCCUACCUCAUCCAUGACACUGCAGACUGGAAGGACCUGAACUUAAAGUUUGUCCUGCAGGUUUACAGGGACUUUCAUCUUACCCAGGACAGUCAGUACCUGCUGGAUAUGUGGCCCAUCUGCCAGGCUGUGAUGGAAUCGGAGUUGAAGUUUGACCAGGAUGGAGACGGCCUGAUAGAGAACUCGGGAUAUGCAGAUCAGACAUAUGACGGCUGGUCUGUGUCUGGAGCAAGUGCAUACUGUGGGGGGCUGUGGCUGGCGUCCCUAUGUGUGAUGUGUAAAAUGGCCCGACUGGUGGACCGUGAAGAGGCGUACCAGCGUUACAAGGACCUCCUGGACAGGGGCAGUGCAGCUUUUGAUAAGCUUUUAUGGAACGGGAAGUACUACAACUAUGACAGCAGUGGGAGGGAGCUUUCUAACAGCGUCAUGUCUGAUCAGUGUGCCGGACACUGGUUCCUUAGAGCAUCUGGGCUGGAGGAAGAAGCCUACCAGGCAUUUCCCAAAGAAAAGAUCCGGUGUGCACUGAAAUCUGUUUUUGACUUGAAUGUAAUGAGCUUCUCUGAAGGCCACAUGGGCGCGGUUAAUGGCAUGCGCCCUGAGGGGGUGCCUGACCGCUCCAGUGUCCAAUCAGAUGAGGUCUGGAUCGGAGUUGUAUAUGGCCUGGCGGCUACUAUGAUUCAUGAGGGUAUGUUGGAGGAAGGUAUGCGCACUGCAGAGGGUUGCUACCGGACAGUAUGGGAGAGGCUGGGAAUGGCCUUUCAGACUCCUGAAGCCUACUGCGAGAAGAACAUCUACCGCUCUCUGGCCUACAUGAGGCCCCUUAGUGUUUGGGCCAUGCAGCUCGCUCUUAACACGUCGCAGAGGGAUAACAGUGUUCUGGCUAAAACUGUAGACACUGACUGAACCGAAACAUGAGCCAUCACUUGGUGUGAAAAAAGCCCAGUAGAGAAUCAAAACCAAAUUCAUUUGGGAUUCUCUUCUUAUUAAUGUGUUCUUCUAAUUGUUUAUUAUCUGAUUUGGUCACUGUUAUAAGUAAUAAAAAUCAUAUUUUUAAAGGACUUUUCUCAAGGCACUGCAAAUUGCUUUGCACUUUUUGCGGUUGGGCAUUUCCAAAAUUAAGACUACAUGUAUGCAAGUCAAAAUGUCAACUUUUGUUUUAGCAGCAUAUUGUCACAUUGUGCACUUGUACAUAUGCAAGCACUACAUUUGAUAAUAUACUAAUAGUAUUUGCACAUUUGCAACAUGUCUGUAUGUAAUGUCAGCUUUUGUUCUUACUCUAGUUAAGUUAGAAUGCUGUGUUAAGCGGUAACAUGUGUAAUAAUGAGGUAAUUAAAUGUUUAAAAAAUAUAUACUUUUUUUAUUAAAUAGAAUUUAGUGCCUUUGUGCAUGACAGUUUAGACAUUCAAAAUAAAAAUGUUGCAGCAACACUUUUUAAUAGUCAUGACAAUCGUUAGGAAUAAAGAAUUAAAAAAAUGA